AUGAAGUUCUCCGCUGCCAUCGCCGUAGCCUUCGCUACCCUCUUCACGAGCGUCUACUCGGCGCCCACCAAGGACAUCGAGGUCCGCGCUCCUGAGGCCAUCGACUCCGCUGCCGCCGCCGUCGACGACAUCGACAAGCGCCAAGUCGGCAUCUCGGUGACGGCGCAGAUAACCAUCGUCGUCGUGCUGCGGGGCACGCUGGACCAGGUGCGCGUGCACACGGGCAACAUCAACAACACGCUCAGCACCAUCAACAACGACUCGAACUGGGUCGUCCGCAACAACGCCAUCAUGGCCGUGCGCUCCGAGCUCACCACCAUCGGCAGCAUCCUGGCCGGCGCCACCUCGCAGAUCGGCACCCUCGGCGGCAACCUCGGUGGUGACUUGAACGCCGUCGCCUAUGUUGGCCUUGCUAUUGCGUAUGAGGUCAUUUACACCAUUCAGUUUGCUGUUAACAGGCUCGGUGCUGGCGUCAUCGUUGUUCUCGGCAUAAUCAUCAACAACCUCAUGAGCGUCCUUGCUGGCCUGAUCUUGGCCAUCGACAUCGUGGCUCGCGGCUCGCUCCAGAUCGUCUGGGGCUCGCUGAGCGCCGUGGUGCCGCGCCUCCUGCCGGCCAUGGGCUCCAUUGUCCUGGGUCUUGGAUACCUCCUCGGCUUCUAG